AUGAUGGAGAAAACCAGUCACAUCAACAUUGCAAUGAUAGAAGACAUCGGUACUAACGGGAUGGCCGUGUCAAAGGUCGGCACGGGCGUGGACGGGAAGAAACAGCGAUGCGGUUCCACCGUGAGCUUCCACAACAUCCAGUACAAAGUGCAGCAGCAGAGCGGCUUCCUCUGCAAAAGAAAGAUCCUCUCCAAGGAAAUACUGGUGGACCUCAAUGGGAUUAUGAGACCUGGUCUGAAUGCUAUACUUGGACCUACUGGAAGUGGAAAAUCUUCAUUCUUGGAUAUUCUGGCUGCGAGGAAGGAUCCCGCAGGUCUCUCGGGGGAAGUUCUCAUUGAUGGAGCCCCACAGCCUCCAAACUUUAAGUGCCUCUCUGGCUAUGUCGUCCAGGAAGAUGUGGUCAUGGGCACCCUGACCGUGAGGGAGAAUCUGCGUUUUUCUGCGGCUCUGCGACUGCACGUCUCUGUGCCUCAGGUCGAGAAGGAGGCUCGAGUCAAUCACCUCAUUAAAGAACUGGGUCUCACAGAAGUGGCUGACUCCAAGGUGGGCACGCAGAUGACCCGAGGAAUCUCGGGAGGAGAGAGAAAGAGGACAAACAUCGGCAUGGAGCUGAUCAUCGAUCCUGCUGUCCUAUUUCUGGAUGAACCGACCACCGGGCUAGACGCAAGCACUGCUAACUCUGUCCUGCUCCUGCUGAAAAGAAUGGCCAGUCAUGGUAGAACCAUAAUUAUGUCCAUCCACCAACCUCGCUACUCCAUCUACAGACUGUUUGACACUCUCACACUGUUGGUCGGUGGUAAAAUGGUGUACCACGGACCAGCACCAAACGCUUUGGACUACUUUGCCAACAUCGGCUAUGCCUGCGAGGCCCACAACAACCCAGCUGACUUCUUUUUGGAUGUGAUUAACGGAGACUUCACCGCCACAGCAAUGACCAAAGUGCACGGCUCUGAAGAUUUGGACUUCGAGGAGCUCAGUAGCUCCAGGCAGAGCAUCGAGGAGCGCCUGGUGGAUGAGUACAGGAACAGCAGUUACUCCAGCAACACACGAGCCGAACUGGAACGCAUUGUUAAAGAUAAGCGCUGUGGGUCCCUCCCAAAGUCCCGCACCAUCACCUACAACAGCUCGUUCUUUCACCAGCUACGAUGGGUCCUUCACAGAACAUUUCAGAACCUCAUGUUGAACCCCCAAACAUCUGUGGCCCAGCUGGGAGUCAACGUUUUCCUCGCUCUCAUCGUGGGAGCCAUUUUCUUUGGGGUCAAAGAUGAUCAGAGUGGUAUUCAGAACAGGAUGGGCGCCCUCUUCUUCAUCACUACCAACCAGUGUUUCAGUACUGUGUCUGCAGCCGAGCUCUUCAUCACUGAGAGGAAACUCUUCGUGCACGAGUACAUCAGUGGCUACUACAGAGUGUCUGUCUACUUCCUUUCUAAGAUCCUGUCUGAUAUCGCUCUGCGCACCGUCACCUCUGUUAUCUUCAGCUGUGUUGUCUAUUUUUUGAUUGGGCUCAAAUCCACAGCAGAAGCCUUUUUUGUCUUCAUGCUGACGGUGACUCUGGUGGCCUACACAGCCACAGCCAUGACCAUGGCCAUCUCAGCUGACCAGAGUGUCGUGGCUCUUGCCAACAUCCUCAUGACCAUCACCUUUGUCUUCAUGAUGAUUUUUUCAGGACUCCUGGUGAAUCUACCCAGCACCAAAGACUGGUUGGCUUGGCUGAAGUACUUUAGUAUUCCUCGUUAUGGUCUUGCAGCCUUGAAGAUAAACGAAUUUGUGGGUCUGAGGUUCUGCGAAGAGGUUGUAAUCCGAAACAGCAACAUGUCAGCUAUGACAGCCAACUGCACUGGGAAAACAGCUGGCCAGACAUGCACAGGAGAGCAGUAUCUGGAGUACCUGGGCAUAGACUACACCUCCUGGGGUCUGUGGGAGAAUCAUGUAGCUUUGACUGUUAUGAUGAUCAUAUUUCUCAUCAUUGCCUAUCUGAAGCUUCGCUUCAUCAAGAAAUUUACUUAAUGCGUUAUUUGUUUUUUACUUUAAUGUACCAGCACUGAUAGAUCUUGUGCUCAGAAAUAGCACAAUUAAAGCUACAUUUAUAUAUUGGGGGUUUAGUUUUAUUUUACACUGCCCUCAUAUCUUUAGCAUAUAAUGAAGCUAAAAGAAAGUUAGAGUACAAGUGCAAAUGCUGAAAUAAAAAGCUGAAAGCAGCCGAAAACUGCCAGCUAAACUUUUCUAGAGUUCACGUUUUUACCAUUAGUUUCCCUGUAAAGCUCAUAAAAUCUUAUUGUGUGUUGUGUUCAGCUGUUCAUUAACCCUUUUACGCAUAGUGGUCACUACAGUGGACAGCUAUUCAAACACUGUUUUCUUGUAUUCAUAUCAGUGUUGAUGGUACACUUGCACAUAAACCACUACAUUGGAUACUGAUGUGUCACUCCAUACCCUGCCACUCACUCUAAAGGUGAUGUUGUCCACUUAAGCGGACAUGUAAAAAACUAUUUGAAAAAUACACGUUUAAAAAAUGAAGUUCAAAAAUCUUUUUUUCAUGCCUAAAGAUGAAUAAAAAUACUGAUUAAGGUUGUCCUAAUCAAUCACGUGGUAGCGACUCAAUGCAUUGAUGCAUGCAGACAUGAACAAGAUGACCUGCUAAAGUUCAAACAGAGCAUCAGAAUAUAGAGGAAAGGUGAUUUAACUUGAACAUGAAAUGGUUUUUGGUACUAAAUGGAUAAGUUUGAGUGUUUCUGAAGCUACUGAUCUACUGGGAUUUUCCACACACAACUAUCUCUAGAGUUUACAGAAAAAAGUCAGAAAAAAUAGAAAAUAUCUAUUGAGCAGCAGGUCUCUGAGUGAAAAUGCCUUCUUGAUCGCAGAGGUCAGACAUUCAACAAUAUCCAACUUGUUAAAAUCAAAGUGUACAGAAGAGCAUCUGUAAAUACACGACAAACCUUGAAGCAGGUGGACUACAGCAGCAGAAGACCAUAUCACAGCCUACCUGUGUUGCUCACCCUGUCCCUUUUGGAUCACAGUGUACCCAUCUUCUGAUGGCUGCUUCAGGCAGGAUAACACACCAUAUCACAAAACUCAAAUCCUCUCAAACUGGUUUCUUUAACAUGACAGGGAGUUCACUGUGCUCGAAUGACCUCUACAGUCAGCAGAUCUGAAUCCAGUACACUAUAUUUGGGAUGUGGUGGAAUGGGAGAUUGAUGUGAGCUGACAAAUAUGCAGCAGCUGUGUGAUGCUAUCAUGUCAGUCUGUGAGGAAAAUGUCCAGCUCUUUUUUAAAUCUCCCCAACAAAGAAUUAAAGCAGCUCUGAAGGCAAAAGGGGUCCAACCCAGUACUAGCAACCUAGUGGAGAUGCCAGUGUGUGUAUUUAUUGUGUAGAUAUAAAAGUAUACCAGUAUACCAAGUAAGCAAGUAUGGCUGUUUCCCAAAAUAUCAAAAUCUAGUUGUUGGUUCCUUUGUUUACUGUUAUAUACGUUUAGUCUGGAUAAAAUCUUUGUGGGUAUAAAAAAUUGUGAGUCCAAAACAAACUAGACAGUAUAUUUUCAAAUUAUAGGAGAAAAUUGUGAAUUUUCCAAAGUGAAAAAGUGUAGAAAUUAAAAAGUAUACUGGCCUCAAAGUAAACUUUCAAAGCUGUUUAUGAAUAUUUACUUCUGCAGCAUUUGUCAGUUUGUGACUU